AUGGACAGUUCUCUUUCCAUCUUGCAUUAUUUCAUCGCCGUCUUCACCCUACUUAAAAUCACUCCUUGUGCUCGAGCUCUAGAUGUGGACGCGCUGCGCGGAGCAUUGACAGACGCUGAAGUAGUGGCAGUAUUCCGGGACGAUCCAGGCUAUGUGAAUGCCAGUUCAGCUUAUAACUUGCGUUACGACAUCUCGCCAAUCGUCAUUGCCUACCCCUCAACGCCGCAGCAAGUGAGCGCUGUUGUUCAAGCGGGAGGUGCUCAAAAGCUUGCCGUCACGGCUCGCAGCGGCGGACAUAGCUACAUCGCAGCUGGACUCGGUGGUAAAGACGGCGCGCUUGUGGUUGACAUGGGCAGCUUCAAUGAGACCAGCGUGAAUGAGACGGACAAUACAGCCAACGUCGGCGCCGGCGUGCUUCUGGGGGACUUAGCUCUGGCCUUGAAUGAGUACGGCCGGGCGCUGCCUCAUGGCCGAUGUCCUACUGUAGGGGACCUCCCCCGAAUAAACAAACCUCCUCCUCCUCCUCCUCCGUCGCGUAUGUGGGGCAUGUUGCUUGAUCACAUCGUCUCCGCGACCGUCGUCCUCUCCGACGGGUCCAUCGUCACGGCGUCAGAAUUAGAAAACGCGGACCUCUUCUGGGCCAUCCGAGGAGCGGGUCCUUCUUUCGGUAUCGUGAUCGAGUUUGUCUUCGCUACCGAGCUCAUCCCGCUCGGUGGUACGACUUUCCGCUACGGAUGGAACCUUACAGCCGUAGACGCAAUCCAUGCGCUCGCCACAUUUCAAGACUUCGUCGAAAGCGAUAUCCCCCCGGCCUUUGGGGCGCAACUGAACUUCAACAAGAGCACGGUGGUGGGGUAUGUCAAUAUGGAAUACUUUGGCGAGCAUUGGGGUCAUCCGACGACCCUCGACGAAACCAAUGAACGCUUCUUGGAUAAGCUGCCUCCUCCCGAUAGUGUGGACAGCUUCUGCGGCGAUUGGAUCGCUGUCCUGAACGCGUCGGCUUGGGGAGAUCUCAACACAAGCGCCACGCCUCCUCAGCAUAGCACCUUCUACAUCAAGUCCCUCAUGGUUCCGGAGGCGGAAGGCCUCAGUCCAACGGCUGUAGGCGCGUUUGUUCAAUACCUGACAGACGAACGUAGUGUCACUUCGGACCUGUCAUGGUUUGUGGAGAUUGAACUAUACGGCGGUAGCGGUUCUGCGAUCAACACCGUCGGCACAGACAAGACGGCUUUCCCUCAUCGCGACAAGGUAUUCACCAUGCAAUUGGCUGCGCUGUCGCCGAACGACCGACCACCGUACCCUGACGAUGGAUUUUCCUUUCUGGAUGACCUGGUCAACGCUGUAAUCGAAAGCGAGCCUUCUGGCUGGCCGUAUGGUGCAUACGCAAAUUAUGCUGAUGCUCGACUACAGAAUUGGCGAACACUCUACUUCGGCGACAAUUAUCAGGAGCUCUCUCGAAUGAAGACGCUUUACGAUCCCACCAAUAUUUUCCGAUCUCCGCUCUCUGUCGAAAUGGAUAUACUCUGAAGCAAUGCAUAUCAUGAAGCUCAACAGUGCUCGCCAAACAAGAUCAUGUUGAUCGUC